AUGGGCCGUGAAGAGACUCGCAUCUACGUCGGAAACCUUCCGGCUGAUUGUCGUGAAAAGGACAUUGAGGAUGUCUUCGCCAAAUAUGGCAAAAUUCGUUUUGUUGAUAUUAAAGGAGGACGUGGACCACUGUAUGCUUUCGUAGAAUUCGAGGAUUCUCGGUGAGU